AUGGAUACGGACGAAGAAACUGAAAAUUUGCCCGAAGAUCCUGAAAUCGAGAUUGAUAAUGAAGAAUUUGUAGAGGAACUAGAGGAAGAAGAAACUGAAAGCAUUUAUGAUCCCGAUGAUUUUAUUUCCGGAUCUAAAAUUAGCGAUGGAGGCAGUUUGAGCCUUGAUACUUUAGAGUUUGAGCAAUAUUUUAACUUGACGGUACUUGAUGAGAGUACUUUGGUAUUUUCUUCGGGGAAUUAUAUUAACUUUUUGGAUGUUGAAACCAAAGAAGUUAGCUUUAGGAGGAGCGCUCUAGGAGGCGGACUUGGUCAUAUACGAAAAAACAACAAUCCAGAAUAUCCAUACUUUGCUGUGGCAGAAAGUGGUAAUAAGCCAAUUAUAAUCCUCUACGUUUGGCCUACCCUGGAAAUUAUUUGUAUCCUACGAGGCGGAGCCGAAAAGAUCUACACAAACAUGGACUUUAAUCCUGACGGUGACUUAUUGGUAUCACAAAGCGGCGAACCCGAUUUUUUGAUCACCAUAUGGGACUGGCAACGUCACACCAUCCUUUUGAGGACGAAAUCGUACGUCAACGACGUUUACAAGGUGAAAUUUUCGCCGUACGUUGCCGGACAAUUGACCACCUGCGGUCUGGCUCACAUUAAAUUCUGGAAAAUGGCCUCGACUUUUACUGGUUUGAAGUUGAAAGGCGAACUUGGCCGGUUCGGUAAAACCGAGUAUUCGGAUAUCGUCGGGGUACUUCCUAUGCCCGAUGCCAAGGUUGUUUCCGGAUGUUCGUGGGGCAACAUCCUAGUCUGGGAUGACGGGCUCAUCACUUUCGAAGUGUUCAGAUCGCUAAGACGUAAAUGUCACGAAGCUCCCAUCAUGCAAUUCUACUACGUGGACGGCGAAUUGUGGACGAUAUCCAUGGACGGCCACGUUAAAGUGUGGUGGUUCGAAAAGAUCGAUCAGGCGGAUCCGCCGGAUGAUGAUAGAGUUAUUCUGGUUGAUCCCACCUACGAUUUUUAUACUCCGGGAGUGAAAUUAAUGUCGAUCGAGAAAAGGAAUCACGCCGAUGCCAGUGAUACUUUUUGGUAUGCUCAGGAUGGUAACGGCGGUAUAUGGUUGAUAGAUCUAAACACAGACGAAGAACCUAAAGCUUCGCAACAAUUGUACGUGUGUCACGGUGGUAAAGUGGUCGGAUUGGCUGCGUGCCCUUUCGGACCUUACAUCGCCACCCUGGGCGAAUUAGGCACAUUUUAUUUGUAUAACUACUUAAGCAAGAAGAGAGUUUUGGAACAUCGGUUUCCAGCUGGCGCCACCUUCCGAGUCUGUUGUCUACAAAUACGCGAACCUUUCGAAGCCGAACCCACAAACCUCGUUUUUUCCGUGCCUCAAGUUAUCAAACCGCACAACAAACCAAUCACCGUAAUGUCGGUGAACCGAGAAGGCACCCUAUUGGUCACUGCCGGUCAAGAUGCGACGAUUUUCAUUUUCAAAAUCACCAUCGAGAGCCACAAAGAUUUACUGGUACCCAUUGGUUUUUACCCUACAACAGACGUAGUGACCACGAUGACGUGGCACCAAGAAACCGAAAUUCUAUUGGGCUGCAUGCAAGGGCAACUGAUGCUGAUUCAGUUGCCCAGCGAUGAACAGCCCUACACCGGAGUAUCGUUUUUACUAGAACUAGAGCCAGUUUUGAAUCAUUUUCGUUCGUACAAGUCUCAAAUCAGGCGCGAUCAAAAAAUAGCGGAAAUCGAAAACAGGAAAGCGGAAAAGGUUGCCAGGAAGCGUAAGGAAAUGGAGAAAAUCAAAAAAGACAAUCCCGGCUUGGACAUUGACGAAGAAAUAUUUCUGGCCGAUUCCGAAAGCGAAGAGGAAUUGGAACCGUUGUUUUUUCCGGAAGUACCCAACAGGAUUAUUUGGUUGAAGUAUACCAAAGAAGAUACCAUUUGGUUGUCUAUGGCUGGAUUCGAUGCUGGCAUUAUUUACGAGUACAAUAUAAAUCAAAAGGACGAAGUACCUGUUAGAUUUCGCUGGUUAGAUGGGGCUGAAAGUAUGGAAGUGACAACAGUAAAAGAAAAAGGUAUUCUAACUUUCAUGGAUAGUAGUAAAAAAAGAAAGGAUGGGAAACACAUUUUGUUAAAGGAUGAAACCUCUGUAACUGUUCAUGAAAAAUGCAGAAAAAUCUACAAUAAGCAGUCCUACAUUGAUGCUGCACUAGCUGAGCAGUCUUCUAAACCUAGCGCCUCUAGGAGAUCGAAUCAACCGCUGUUUGAUUUCAAGGGACACUGUCUCUUUUGUGGAAAAGAUGCCUCCGAUCAAUUUAUAGAACGUCAAAAAAAAUUAAACCAAUCACGACGCGAAAAAGUUAAUGAAGUGACUCAACUGGAUUUUAAGCAAAAGGUUAUUGAUGCAGCUAAAACAACCAGGAAAAGUGAUGAAUGGAGUAACGCUGUAGUUUUUCGAAUUGAAAAUGAGAUUGAUCUUAUUGCAGCUGAAGGGAGAUCAACUAUUAUUGCCCCUAAUAAGAGUCAAGAUAAUGACAAAGUCAAUACCAAAAUUACAUCCAUCGCCCACGCAAUUAUUGCAGCUACGCGACCGAAAUCUUAUCGAUCAGCGUUACAAGUUGGCCUAGGGGCGCUUAUUCAUCGAAAAUAUGGCUCAAGGGAUCUCUUGGAGAUUGUUUCAGCGACAGGAUUUUGUUGCACAUACAAUGAAGUGCAACAUUAUGAAAUUUCAUGCUUGACACAACGAAAUGAAGAUAUAGUACCAUCAGAAUCGCUCACACAGUUUGUCUUUGACAAUGCUGACUUAAACAUUGACACAUUAGAUGGCACCAAUACUUUUCACGCAAUGGAAGGCAUCCAGUGCACUACACCUGAGCCUUCAAAAUCUGAAGGAACUAUUAUGGAGAGAGUAAAAAAAAUCCCUAAUGCAGGAACCUUGGGCGAAUUCGGAGCAAUGCCAAUCGUUGCUUUUCAAAGGAAAGCUAAGACAGGCCUUUACCAAAUCGGAAGUUCCAGUCUCGAAAGCAUUAUUGGAAGCAAUUUUGGUCAAGUGAAGUUCUCCAGAAAGAAAAGAGUGCUACCAAUGCGUGGCUUCACCAGCAGUGUCAAGUUGCAUGACGAAGUAGUGCCAGUUGACCUAUAUACCAUUUUCAGGAGAAUCUCAUUUCAUAAAAAAACCGAAUACGAACUCAAAAACUACUUUACAUAUGAAUUGGCUCCAUACCCACCAUCUUUAUUUGAUGAACAAGGAAUGAUGAGGAAGUCACGUAAAUCGGUUUUCUAUGAUUUGUUUAAUCCAGUGGAAACCCCGUCAAACAUCGGAAGUGCACUUUAUGUGAUCGACGGUGGCUUUCUACUUCACCGAGUACCGUGGGAGUUGAGGGAAAGAUUCUCGUCAAUACUUAACAAAUACGUGGAAUAUGUCAAAAAAUACUUUGGGUCACGAUCAAUCAUUGUAUUUGAUGGCUAUCCAGACGACCCUGGAGAAAAGAGCACAAAAUCUGCAGAACGCCUCAGAAGAAACAAGUUCAUGGCCGCAAAUGUUAAGUUUGACGAAUCCAUGUUAUUGACAAUAUCAAAAGAUAAAUUUCUUUCGAAUGAAGGAAACAAAAAACGAAUGAUCUCAAUGCUGAUCAAGAAAUUUUCAGAGGAAAAUAUCUCUGUCGAACAAGCUGCAGAGGAUGCCGAUAUAACCAUUGUCCGACGAGCUAUGGAAAAUGCUACACACUCUGAAUGUGUGGUUGUGGUAGGAGAAGACAUAGAUCUUUUGGUUAAUUUGUGGAAUGGUCAUGAUAUGGAUCCAGUUCAAUGGGGAUGGAAGAUAACUAAGCAUGGGCUGCUCCCAGUACCAUCGACAGCCGAACAAGCCCCGCAGGAGUUGCUUAAUAACACUGCCUGCAAAUGUUCCAAAUGUUCAAAGGGGUGCCGAAAUGCGUGUGGUUGUAGGAAACAAGGAAUGAAAUGUUCUCCAAUAUGCUAUAAUUGUAGAGGAGCGUCCUGCAGCAAUACACCAGAUGAAAUUAUUGACGACACAAACUUAAUGGACGACGAAGUGAAGCUAUCUGAUAAUGAUGACGAACUUGAUGAGCUUCCGGAUGACGAAGACCUUAAAGUGGACCAAUUGAUUCAGUCAGCUUCUACUUCCAAACGCAGCAAAUUCAAUUAA